CAAUUUAGAUGGCAAUAACUUUCCUGGAGUUAAGUUAAGGUCUAAGAUGUCAGUGCGCUCUUAUGGGAGCAGAGAAGGCUCCCUGUCUGGACGUUCUGGUGAAAGCAGUCCUAUCCCUAUAGGUUCCUUCCAAAGAAAGGCCUUUGUUAACGGAAGCAGAGAGAGCACUGGAUACAUGGAGGAAUUAGAGAAGGAGAGAUCAUUACUUCUUGCUGAGCUUGAAAAAGAAGAAAAAGAAAAGGACUGGUACUAUGCCCAGCUUCAGAACCUUACUAAGAGAAUCGAUAGCCUUCCUCUUACUGAAAAUUUUUCCCUCCAGACAGACAUGACUAGAAGGCAGCUAGAAUUUGAGGCCAGGCAAAUCAGAGCUGCAAUGGAAGAACAGCUGGGAACCUGUCAGGACAUGGAAAAGCGAGCACAGGCGAGAGUAGCUAGAAUUCAGCAAAUUGAGAAAGACCUAUUUCGGAUAAGGCAGCUGUUGCAAUCUCAAGCUGCAGAAGCAGAGAGGGCUUCACAGAAUAAACACGAUGCUGGCAGCAGGGAUGCAGAGAAACAGGCUGACGGACAAGGGACUUCUGAAAUUGGCAUGGGUACCACUGCUGGAAAUGCACAGGGUUCAAGUGUUCGAGUGGACCAUGAUACUGCCAGUGUUAUGAGUUCUAACAGUUCCUACUCUGUUCCAAGAAGGCUGACAAGUCAUCUGGGUACUAAGGUGGAGAUGGUAUAUUCACUUCUGUCCAUGCUUGGCACUCAUGACAAGGAUGAUAUGUCUAGAACCUUACUAGCCAUGUCAAGCUCGCAAGAUAGUUGUAUAGCCAUGCGCCAAUCUGGCUGCCUUCCUCUUCUAAUCCAGCUGCUGCAUGGUAAUGAUAAAGACUCUGUGCUGCUGGGGAACUCCCGUGGAAGCAAAGAGGCUCGAGCAAGGGCCAGUGCAGCACUUCAUAACAUUAUUCAUUCUCAGCCUGAUGACAAGCGAGGAAGGAGGGAAAUCCGUGUCCUCCAUCUCUUGGAACAGAUCCGCGCCUACUGUGAAACAUGCUGGGAAUGGCAGGAAGCACACGAACAAGGCAUGGACCAAGAUAAAAACCCAAUGCCUGCCCCAGUUGAGCAUCAGAUCUGCCCUGCUGUAUGUGUCCUAAUGAAACUUUCAUUUGAUGAGGAACAUAGACAUGCGAUGAAUGAACUUGGUGGAUUACAGGCUAUUGCAGAGCUUUUGCACGUAGACUGUGAAAUGUAUGGACUUAUUAAUGACCACUAUAGUGUUACAUUACGCCGGUAUGCUGGGAUGGCUUUGACCAACCUGACCUUUGGAGAUGUAGCUAACAAGGCCACUUUGUGCUCUAUGAAAAGCUGUAUGCGAGCUCUUGUUGCCCAGCUGAAAUCAGAAAGUGAGGACCUACAGCAGGUUAUAGCAAGUGUACUGAGAAAUUUAUCUUGGCGAGCAGAUGUAAAUAGCAAAAAAACCCUCCGUGAAGUCGGAAGUGUGAAAGCAUUAAUGGAAUGUGCAUUGGAAGUUAAAAAGGAGUCUACAUUGAAGAGUGUGCUAAGUGCCUUGUGGAAUUUGUCGGCACACUGCACAGAGAACAAAGCAGACAUAUGUUCUGUGGAUCGGGCACUGGCGUUUUUAGUCAGCACUUUAACUUACAGAAGCCAAACGAACACACUAGCUAUCAUUGAAAGUGGAGGUGGAAUAUUACGUAAUGUCUCCAGUUUAAUUGCCACUAAUGAAGACCACAGGCAAAUCUUAAGGGAGAACAACUGCUUGCAGACUUUGUUACAGCAUUUAAAAUCACACAGCUUGACUAUAGUUAGCAAUGCUUGUGGGACCUUGUGGAAUUUAUCAGCACGGAAUGCAAAAGAUCAAGAAGCCCUUUGGGAUAUGGGUGCUGUCAGCAUGCUUAAAAAUCUUAUCCAUUCAAAGCACAAAAUGAUUGCUAUGGGGAGUGCUGCUGCUUUACGAAAUCUAAUGGCGAACAGACCAUCUAAAUAUAAAGAUGCAAAUAUCAUGUCCCCUGGCUCAAGUGUGCCAUCUCUUCACGUUAGAAAGCAGAAAGCUUUGGAAGCUGAGCUUGAUGCGCAACAUCUGUCUGAGACUUUUGAUAACAUUGAUAAUUUAAGUCCAAAAACAUCUCAUCGUAAUAAGCAGAGACACAAGCAAAACUUUUUUGGUGACUGCGGUCGACAUGAUGAUAACAUGUGCCGCUCAGACAGUUUUAGUCCUAGUAACUUAACAGUUCUUUCACCAUAUAUAAAUGCAACUGUUUUACCAUCAUCCACUUCUAGUAGAACUGUAGAUGCUAACAGGCCUGAAAAGGAUAGAGAAAGGCCAACAGGACACAACAGUUACCAUUCUGCAGCAGAUAAUGCUGGAAACAAUUCAAAGCGUAUUGGUAUGCAGUUGUCAACUACUGUUCAGAUUGCUAAAGUUAUGGAGGAAGUAUCAAGCAUGCAUAUGACACAGGAUGACAGAAGUUCAGGAUCUGUUUCAGAUGAAAGAACUGCUCAUAGAAAGACUUCUACUAACCAUCCUCAUUCAAAUUCAUAUGGUUUUACUAAAGGAGAGAAUGCUGGCAGGGUAGGCCCAGUGUCAUUUACAAAAAUGGAAUAUAAAAGAGCAUCAAAUGACAGUUUAAACAGCGUUAGUAGCACAGAUGGCUAUGGAAAGCGUGGCCAAGUUAAACCCUCUGUUGAGUCAUACUCUGAAGAUGAUGAAAGUAAAUUUUGCAGUUAUGGACAGUAUCCUGCAGAUCUAGCACACAAAAUACACAGUGCUAAUCAUAUGGACGAUAAUGACACAGAACUGGACACUCCAAUAAAUUAUAGUUUAAAAUAUUCAGAUGAGCAAUUGAAUUCUGGGAGACAAAGCCCUAGUCAAAAUGAAAGAUGGGCUAGACCCAAACACAUUAUAGAUAAUGAAAUAAAACAAAAUGAACAAAGGCAACAAAGAAAUCCCAAAGCACCAUACAAUGCAUUUUCUGAAAACAAUGAGGAAAAGCAUAAAAAAUUCCCACCACACUUUACAAAGCAAGAUGGUGCAUCUCCGUACAGAGCUAGAGGCAUUAAUAAUCAAGCUGAUCAAGCUAGAGGGAGCUCUAAUCUUGGAAUAAAUCAGAAACCUUCAAAGUCUCAUUGUCAGGAUGAUGACUAUGAUGAUGAUAAGACAACUAAUUUUAGUGAACGUUAUUCUGAAGAGGAGCAGCAGGAGGAUGAAAAUCAGAGGCAAACUAAUUACAGUAUUACAUCUUACAACCAAGAGGAGCAUCAUGUAGAGCAGCCAAUUGAUUACAGUCGAAAAUUUCCUGCAGAUGCUCCACCACCAGCACAAAAAACAUCUUUUUCCUUUGCAAAGAACUCUAAGCAAAGACCAAAGAAAGAACCUGCAGCAUCUAGCAGUAAUACACCAACCCCAUCACCAAACACCAGUAGACAAAACCAGCUUCAUCCAAGUUCUGCUCAAUCCAGAAAUGGGCAAAACAGGCAAAAGCAAAAUUCAAACAAACCCUGUUCUAUCAACCAAGAAACUAUGCAGACAUAUUGUGUUGAAGAUACUCCAAUAUGUUUUUCAAGAUGCAGCUCUUUGUCAUCUUUGUCAUCUGCUGAAGAUGAAAUAGAGGGGCGCGAAAGAGGUACACGUGGCACUGAUUCUAACAACACUCUUCAAAUAACUGAAAUGAAAGACAACAGAGGUACAGGAUCAAAAGAGAGUUCAGGGACUGAAGCACGAUCAGCUUCACACCACAUACGAGUAAAAACAAGCAGAAUACAAUCUAAUUUGUCCCCUUCAGAUGCUUCUAGACAUAAAUCUGUUGAAUUUUCUUCAGGUGCAAAAUCACCGUCAAAAAGUGGUGCCCAGACACCAAAAAGUCCCCCUGAACAUUAUGUUCAGGAAACACCUUUAAUGUUUAGCAGAUGCACUUCUGUGAGCUCCUUAGAUAGCUUUGAGAGCCAUUCAAUAGCCAGUUCUGUGCAGAGUGAGCCUUGCAGUGGAAUGGUAAGUGGUAUUAUAAGCCCCAGUGAUCUUCCUGACAGCCCUGGACAGACAAUGCCUCCAAGCAGAAGUAAGACCCCUCCACCACCUCAGGCAGUACAAAUGAAAAGAGACACAAACAAGCCUAAAGUGACUGGUGAUAAUGAUGAAAGGGAAUCCGGUUCAAAGCAGGCAGCAGUACAUGCAGCAGUUCAAAGAGUUCAAGUUCUUCAGGAAGCUGAUACUUUAUUGCAUUUUGCUACUGAGAGCACACCAGAUGGAUUUUCCUGUGCGUCAAGUCUCAGUGCAUUGAGUCUUGAUGAACCAUAUAUUCAAAAGGACAUAGAACUUAAAAUUAUGCCCCCUGUGCUUGAAAAUGACCAAGGAAAUGAAGAGUCGGAUAAAUCCAAGGAGUCUGUUGAUCGUAAAGAAAAAAAGGAAGACAAGCAAUCAGAACCAGAAAAGGAUAUCCUAGACGAUACCGAUGAUGAUAUUGACAUAUUAGAAGAAUGUAUAAUUUCAGCUAUGCCUACAAAAUCUUCAAGAAAAAACAAAAAAACUCAACAGAGCACAAAAACAGCCCCACCUGUGGCUAGGAAACCAAGUCAACUUCCUGUAUAUAAACUUCUUCCCCCACAAAAUCGACAUCAUGCUCAAAAGCAUGUUAGCUUCACACAUACAGAUGAUAUGCCUAGAGUAUACUGUGUUGAGGGUACUCCGAUAAAUUUUUCUACAGCAACAUCUUUAAGUGAUCUCACAAUAGAAUCACCGCCUAAUGAACUGGUAAACAAUGAACAAUCCAGUACUGUUCCUGUGUCCACUAGCUUUGAAAAGCGAGACACUAUCCCAACAGAAGGUAGGAGCACUGAUGAUAAAGAUGCAAAUAAAAGUUUAAACAACCCUUCAUCUGGGCUGGAUGAUGAUAAAACUGAAGAAGGUGACAUUCUUGCAGAGUGCAUACAUUCUGCCAUGCCCAAAGGUAAAAGUCACAAACCAUUCAGAGUCAAAAAGAUUAUGGAUCAGAUUCAUCAUACUUCAACUAGUACAUCAUCAAAUAGAAAUUCACAGGAAGGAGAGAAAAAGAAGCCAACAUCACCAGUGAAACCAAUGCCUCAAGCAGCUGACUACAGGGGCCGUUCAAAGAAAAUCACUGAUCCAAAAAUGAACCUUGGCAAUGAAAAAUCUUAUUGUGAGGCAAGAAAGCAGGGUAUUAAAAAUCAUCCCAGAGAAGUUAACGAUAAGCUUCCAAAUAAUGAAGAGCGUGCAAAAGGUAGUUUUGCAUUUGAUUCACCUCACCAUUAUACACCAAUUGAGGGAACACCAUACUGUUUCUCCAGAAAUGAUUCACUAAGUUCUCUUGAUUUUGAAGAUGAUGAUGUUGAUUUUUCCAGAGAAAAGGCAGAGUUAAGAAAAGAAAAAGAUAAUCAAGCAGAUUCACGAAUAAAUAAGAAUACUGAGCAUGUAUCUUCAAAUCAAUCCACUACACGAGUACAAGCUAAUCACAGUAAUACAGCUUCUAGAAGUCCACCAAAAUCAUUGUUACCCAAUCAAACUUCAUUUUCUAUACCUUCAAAGGUGUCUUCAGAUAGAGGAGAUGCUACUGAUGAGAAAAUGCAAAAAUUUGCAAUUGAAAACACUCCUGUUUGCUUUUCUCGCAAUUCAUCUUUGAGUUCAUUAAGUGACAUUGAUCAAGAAAACAACAAUAAAGAAGCUGAGACUACAAAACAAACGGAACCCUCUGAACAACAGAUGUCGUUGCACAGACCUCAAACCUCAGGUUAUGCACCAAAAUCAUUUCAUGUAGAAGAUACACCGGUUUGCUUUUCUAGGAACAGCUCUUUGAGUUCCUUGAGCAUUGAUUCUGAAGAUGAUCUGCUACAAGAAUGUAUAAGCUCUGCCAUGCCAAAAAAGAAAAAGCCUUCUAAAACCAAGGGUGAAAAUGAGAAAAAUCGUUCUAACAAUAUCGGUGGCAUACUUGCAGAAGAGCCAGACCUUACACUAGAUCUCAGAGAUCUACAGAGCCCUGAUUCUGAAAAUGCUUUUUCACCUGACUCUGAAAGUUUUGACUGGAAAGCUAUUCAGGAGGGUGCUAAUUCAAUUGUUAGUCGUUUACAUCAAGCCGCCGCUGCUGUUUCAUUGUCCCGACAAGGAUCUUCUGAUUCUGACUCAAUUCUUUCUUUAAAAUCUGGAAUCUCUCUUGGAUCUCCAUUUCAUCUUACACCAGAUAAGGAAGAAAAACCCAUCUCUACAAACAAAGGGCCAAAAAUAUUGAAGCCUGGAGAGAAAGGUGUAUCGGAAAAUAAGAAAAAUGAGGAAGAAACUAAAGGAAUUAAAGGAGGAAAAAAAGUAUAUAAAAGUAUAAUUACAGGAAAAUCUCGUUCCAGUUCGGACUUUUCAAGUCAGUGUAAGCCGUCAGUACAUACAAAUAUGCCUUCUAUUUCUCGUGGCAGAACAAUGAUCCAUAUUCCUGGUGUCCGUGCCAGUUCUCCCAGCACAAGCCCCGUUUCAAAAACUGUGCCAGCUGUAAAAACGACUCCGUCAAAAAGUCCUAAUGAAAAUCAGAACACCUGCUCACCAAGGGGACCUAAGCCCUUGAAAACUGAACCAUUAUAUAGCAAUAAACAGGCAUCUACUGUAGGAGGAUCAAGUAAAGGGGCUUCAAGGUCAGGAUCAAGAGAUUCCACCAACUCAAGACCAAAUCAGCAGCCAUUAAGUAGACCUAUGCAAUCACCUGGUCGAAAUUCCAUUUCACCUGGCAGAAAUGGAAUAAGUCCCCCUAAUAAAUUCUCACAACUACCCAGAACUGCAUCACCUAGCACAGCUUCCACUAAGUCAUCAGGUUCGAGCAAAAUGUCAUAUACAUCUCCUGGCAGGCAGAUGAGCCAACCAAAUAUUAGCAAGCAAUCCAAUCUACCCAAAACUCCAAGUAGUAUACCAAGAAGUGAGUCUGCAUCCAAAAGUUUAAACCAAAGUGCAAACAGUGGAUCAAAUAAAAAGGUAGAGCUUUCUAGAAUGUCUUCAACAAAAUCCAGCGGAAGUGAGUCUGACAAAUCAGAAAGGCCUGCUUUGGUUCGUCAGUCAACAUUUAUCAAGGAAGCACCUAGCCCAACACUAAGGAGAAAAUUAGAAGAAUCUGCAUCAUUUGAGUCUUUGUCUUCCUCUUCUAGAGCAGAUUCUCCAACACGGUCACAGACCCAGACACCAGUUUUAAGUCCAUCCUUACCUGAUAUGUCAUUAUCAACACAUGUGAUACAAGCAGGUGGUUGGCGUAAAAUGCCUCCUAACCUUAAUCCUCCUGCAGAAACUGCUGACGGAAGACCAGGAAAGCGGCAUGACAUUACUCGAUCCCAUUCUGAGUCCCCUUCACGACUUCCAAUCACACGAUCAGGUACAUGGAAACGAGAGCACAGUAAGCAUUCAUCAUCUCUUCCUCGUGUUAGUACAUGGAGAAGAACUGGAAGCUCCUCUUCGAUUUUGUCUGCCUCUUCUGAAUCCAGUGAGAAAGCUAAAAGUGAAGAUGAAAAACAGCAAUGUUCCUUUCCAGGGUCCAAAUCUAACACAGAUUGCCAACCUUCUACAAAAGGGACUUGGAGAAAAAUAAAGGAAAGUGAAGUUCUUGAAACUGUAAGUAAUGGCUCAUCAAACACACUUGCUGAGUCUAACAGCAGUAUAGAAUCUAAAACUUUAGUAUACCAGAUGGCACCAGCUGUCUCUAAAACGGAGGAUGUAUGGGUUAGGAUUGAGGACUGUCCAAUUAAUAAUCCAAGAUCAGGAAAAUCGCCUACUGGCAAUACUCCCCCAGUUAUUGACAGUAUAUUAGAGCAGGGGGAAAAGGAGGAGCCUGUGAAGGACUGCAAAGGAAGACAUAAUUCUGGGAAUGGGAAUGUAGCUUUUCUGGAAAACAGACAAAAGUCAUUUAUUAAAUUAGAUGGCUUAGAAACAAAAGGAGGUGAGUUAAAGCCUGUAAUAAAUUCUCAGUCUGUAGGGCAAGAGACAAAUGAAAAUACAGUGGCGGAGCGUACGCCAUUCAGCUCAAGCAGUUCAAGCAAACACAGUUCACCAAGCGGGACUGUUGCUGCCAGAGUGACUCCAUUUAACUAUAAUCCUAGCCCAAGGAAAAGCAAUGGGGAGAACACUACAUCACGACCAUCCCAAAUACCCACGCCUGUUGCUAGUAGUACAAAAAAAUCUGAUUCAAAAACUGAAACUGCAGACGCUAAUGGUUCUCAAAGCCCUAAAAGACAUUCUGGCUCUUACCUGGUGACUUCAGUUUGAAAUGACUAAAGACAAUUACAUUUCCAAUGUAUUAUUUACAGUUUCCAUGUAUAUUGUUUUAACGACACAUUUUAAAAGAAUAACCGUUUGUAAAUAUAUUUGACUUUUGGUGAGUGUGUUGUUCAGGAAGCCAUAAUUCAAAGCAGAAAUUUGUUUUCACUUCUUUACUGUAGAACACACAACAAGGAUAAUGAUGAUGCAAAACUUGUAGAUUCAUCGUUAUUCAAUAUUGCUAAUAAUCACUAAUACUUUGUCUUUCCAAAAAUAAUGGAUGCCACAGAUUUAUUGUAAUUGUACCAGUUUGUUUUAGUACAACUGACCUAAAUACAUCAGGGAAAACUGAUAAUUAUGCAAAAAUGGGUUAAACAUGGCUCUUGUACCCAAUGACUCUUUUACACAAUCCCUUUUCCCAUGUCAGAUGACAAUCCAUUUCUUGAGAUACUAGUUAAUGUUACCAUGGUCCCAUGAUGUGCAUAGGUACAGUAGCUAUGGCAUAACAUAUUACACUGCUGUGCGCUCUGCAAGAAAAGGACAUCUGUGUUGUUGGUUAACCUUGUCCAAAAAUUUGUUUUCGUGGACAAAGUUUAUCAGAAAGUAGUUAGGGUUUUUUGCUAUGCUGUAUGUUGUUGUAUAUUAUGGUAUUUGAGGUGAGAAUGCUGCUCCUUUUUGAAUGAGACACAAUGUCUCAGAAUGACCUAACUGAACAUUUCUGAAUAAAUUAUUACUGUAUGUACAUUAAUAUUUGUGUUUUAUUGUAAAUUGUAGAAAUUUAUGUGGCAUGCCAAUAUUGUGGUUGUAUUUUAUUUUAUCAUUUGUUUUAGGAAGAUGUUUUUAAUGUUAGAUAAACUUUAUAAUACCAUCCUUUUAUUACAGAAUGCUUUAGAAAAAAAUUAUACAGCCAUUUUAAUUGGAACUAAUGCAUCUCUGCACCAUAAUAAGCAUCCAUCCUUAAAGGGGAGUUUUAGUCAUUUUAUAAAAAGGAAAAUUUUACUCUUUAAAUUAUUUACAAAAUUAAGCACUAGUAAGAACAGUAUAAGCUCCUUAAAAUUAGACCCCCUGCCAGGCAACAGUAAAAUAUUACCAAGUUCUGUCAUGCUGUGCCCUAAAAACAGUUUUUCUUUUUAUCUUUGAGCAAACCAGGUAUAACAUAAGAGAAUAGAAACAUUUAAGCAUUACAGUUUGUCUUAAAGCUGCUUUUCUUAGUUCUUAUGUAUAUAAGGGGGGGCGUGGUUAGCUGCACUUUUUUUGCCUAAACAUUGGUGUAUUAUUUUUUAUUUUUUUUCCAGUUUGUAGCCAGAUUGUUUGAUUUCAGUUCGGCAGAAAUUAAUACAUUGCACAGUUACACAAUAUGGUGUAUUAUGCUAAACUGUAAGAUAUAACAUGAUGGGUUAUAAGAGACUCCAAACGUUAAUUUAAAACAUAAAAAAAUUGCCAAGGCAGUUUUUGUGUGUGGCCAAGAGUAUUUUAAGAUUUUUGCAAUAAAAAAAUUCCAACAGG